CUCUCCGUCAGUCCGUCCGGCGGGGCCGUUGACCGGACGUGAACUUCUCGCCAGCUUCCCCUCGGGUCCACUUCACUCAGGAAGGCGGGGGGAGAAACAAGGAAGUGGACGCGGCGGGGACACUUUUUUUUUUUUUUUAAACGACCUUUUUGCGGUGCGUGGAAAAGGUCUACAAAGCGGGGUCGAAUUUAAAGAACAACGUUGCCCCGGUGGUGAAGAGACCCACCAGUUGUUGCUGGCCAACAAGGAUUUUAUACUUCAUGCCAGACUUUGUGGCUGAUGGCAUCUCAUUAUCUGAGACCGUGUUGACCGGUGACUGCAGUUCGCUGGAUUCUGUGUUAAAGAUAUCCUUCAGCAGACAUUUGGCCAUCAGCAUUUGAUAGCUUCGGCUGUUAAAAUUGUGGGCAAAGAACGAUGGUGUGCAGCGGUGCAGUGUGAAGUUGACCCGGUGGGGAACUGCGACAUGUUGUCCUUCAGGGCCAGAACUUUGCUGUCCUGACACAGAGAGACCAUGUCUUUGUAGAGCCUGAGCCAGAUUUUCUACUGCUUCACUCUUACCUCUCUCUCUCUCUCUCUCUCUCUCUCUCUCUCUCUCUCUCUCUCUCUCUCUCUCUCUCUCUCGGCUAUUGGUCACAAGAACACCAAGUUCCCCGGAAAGCCAGACAGAUAUCUUCUGCAGUGCAACACGUCAAAUCUGGCAAUCACAACUUAACCCGGACCUGGCCAUGUUACACAUGUGAUGUCCGAAACGCGUGAUGGACGGCAGCCGGACGCCGGCGACGGUCUGAUGCGGGGCAGCGCAGACUUGGCCGUCGUGGACUCUGACGAUGACGUGCCCGACAUGCAGCCAAUGGAAACGGACGUGAAGAUCGACAUGUUCCGAGAAGAAGACAUGGAGGACGAAAAUGACGAGUUGCCCUCAGAGCGACAGAUCGUGGUAGGCAUCUGCUGCAUGAUGAAGAAGUCCAAGUCCAAGCCCAUGACACACAUCCUGGAGCGCCUCUGCAAGUUUGACUACAUCGAGGUGGUCAUCUUUCCCGAGGACGUCAUCCUGGAGGAGCCUGUGGACAAAUGGCCGCUGUGUGAUUGCCUCAUCUCCUUCCAUUCCAAAGGUUUCCCACUGGACAAAGCUGUGCAAUACGCCAAGCUCAGGAAUCCAUUAGCCCUCAAUGACCUCAACAUGCAGUAUUUCAUACAGGACAGGAGAGAAGUGUACCGGAUCCUUCAAGAAGAGGGGAUCGACCUACCUCGAUAUGCUGUGCUCAACCGAGACCCCGACAAUCCUGAAGAGUGUAACCUGGUGGAGGGGGAGGAUCACGUGGAGGUGAACGGGGAGGUGUUCCCCAAACCCUUCGUGGAGAAGCCCGUGUGCGCAGAGGACCACAACGUCUACAUCUACUACCCAACAUCGGCAGGCGGCGGCAGUCAGAGACUAUUUAGAAAGAUUGGGAGUCGCAGCAGUGUUUACUCCCCGGAGAGCAGCGUUCGGAAGACAGGGUCGUACAUCUACGAGGAGUUCAUGCCCACAGACGGCACUGACGUGAAGGUGUACACAGUGGGUCCGGACUACGCCCACGCAGAGGCCCGGAAGUCUCCUGCGCUGGACGGGAAGGUGGAGCGAGACAGUGAAGGGAAGGAGAUUCGAUACCCCGUCAUGCUCACCGCUAUGGAGAAGCUGGUCGCACGCAAAGUCUGCCUGGCCUUCAAGCAAACAGUGUGUGGCUUUGACCUGCUCCGAGCCAAUGGCCACUCGUUUGUCUGCGACGUCAACGGGUUCAGUUUCGUCAAAAACUCCAUGAAGUACUAUGACGAUUGUGCCAAAGUGCUGGGGAACAUGAUAAUGAGAGAGUUGGCCCCCCAGUUCCACAUUCCCUGGUCAGUCCCGAUGGAGGCCGAAGACAUCCCCAUUGUGCCAACAACCUCAGGAACCAUGAUGGAGCUGCGCUGUGUCAUCGCCAUUAUUCGCCAUGGAGACCGCACACCAAAGCAGAAAAUGAAAAUGGAGGUUCGACAUCCUUUAUUCUUUGAGUUGUUUGACAAGUGCGGAGGUUACAAGUCAGGAAAAGUAAAGCUGAAAAAACCAAAACAGCUUCAGGAAGUGCUGGACAUCGCUCGCCUGCUGCUGCUUGAACUUGGCCAACAUAAUGACUGUGAAAUUGAGGAGAAGAAGUCCAAACUGGAGCAACUCAAGACCGUCCUGGAGAUGUACGGUCACUUCUCAGGUAUCAACAGGAAAGUCCAGUUGACGUACUUGCGUAACGGACAACCUAAAGCCUCCAGCGAAGAGGAAGACUCCAAGAGGGAGGGUCCGUCUCUGCUGCUGGUCCUAAAGUGGGGCGGCGAGCUGACGCCUGCUGGCCGGGUUCAGGCUGAGGAGUUGGGCCGAGCCUUUCGCUGCAUGUACCCUGGAGGCCAAGCCGGUAGCCACCGGGCCCUUGGCUGCGAGUCCCCUGUUGAGUUUGGCGACUAUGCCGGCUUCCCCGGAUGCGGGCUCCUCCGCCUGCACAGCACUUACCGCCACGACCUUAAGAUCUAUGCCUCUGACGAAGGCCGGGUGCAGAUGACGGCUGCGGCGUUUGCCAAGGGCCUCCUCGCUCUCGAAGGUGAACUGACUCCGAUCCUGGUGCAAAUGGUGAAGAGCGCCAACAUGAACGGGCUGCUCGACAGUGACAGUGACUCAUUGACGGACUGCCAGCAGAAGGUGAAAGCCAGGCUGCAUGAGAUCAUGCAGAAGGACGAGGAGUUCUCACAAGAUGACUAUCAGAAGCUAGCGCCAACAGGCAGCCCGUCGCUGGUGAACUCCAUGAAAGUCAUAGAGAACCCGGUCAAAACCUGCGACAAAGUGUACGCGCUCAUCCAGAGACUCACCUCGCAAAUUAGAAAACGACUGGAGGAUCCCAAGUCUUCAGAUCUACAGCUGUACCACAGCGAGACGUUGGAGCUGAUGCUGCAGCGCUGGUCCAAACUGGAGAGAGAUUUCCGCAUGAAGAGCGGACGCUACGACAUCAGUAAGAUCCCGGACAUCUAUGACUGCAUCAAGUACGAUACGCAGCACAACUCCUCGCUGGACCUGGAUGACACGCUGGAGCUCUUCCGGCUCUCCCGGGCUCUGGCCGACAUUGUCAUACCACAGGAAUAUGGCAUCAGCAAAGCAGAGAAGCUGGACAUCGCUCAGGCGUACUGCGUCCCCCUGAUGAAGAAGAUCCAGCUGGACCUGCAGAGGACGCACGAGGACGAGGCCGUCAACAAGCUGCACCCACUGUACUCGCGGGGGGUGAUGUCACCGGGUCGCCACGUCCGCACGCGUCUCUACUUCACCAGCGAGAGCCACGUCCACUCCCUGCUCAGCGUCUUCCGCUACGGAGGACUCUUGGAUUAUGAAAAAGACCAGCAAUGGAAGCAGGCCAUGGACUACCUGAGUGCUGUGACUGAGCUCAACUAUAUGACUCAGAUAGUUAUUAUGCUGUAUGAAGACAACAACAAGGACCCCUCUUCAGAGGAGCGUUUCCACGUGGAGCUGCACUUCAGUCCAGGGGUUAAAGGCUGCGAGGACGAGGAAAACGUUCCGCUUGGCUUCGGCUUCCGGCCGGCCUCAUCAGAGAAUCAGGACAAAAAGCCGAACCAGGGCAGCCUGGAGGAUCUCUCUCAGGACCAACCCGACCAGGCUCUUCUGGUUUCCGAGCCCAUCAACAUCCAGAGAAGGUCGCCCAUGAUUCGCAACCGCAAGACGGGCUCCAUGGAGGUUCUCUCUGAGACCUCGCUCACCCAGUCGUCCAAAAGCUCCACAUCGCACCGACUCUUCCCUUCGGGCUCACGCCAGUCGCCCGAGAUCAAACCAGCCAGCGGCCUAGGCUCGCACUGCUCUGGCCUCUUCAGCGCCUCCAUGCUGGGGGUGUCCUGUAGCGCCCCCAACCUGCGGGACUACGUACGCACGCACCACCAUCACCACCGAAAACCCCCCCUGUCCCCCGGCAGCCUGCCCUGCCAUAUUGGCAUGUUCGAGCUGUUGUCUAUGCCGCCAGUAAAGAGAUUUUCUGUGUCGUUUGCCAGGCAUCCGACUAACGUGAAACAAGAUGAAGAUGAAGCGGCACAUUUUGCCGACUCAUGUUUGCUGCCGUGGACAGACUGCAGUGGGACCUCUAAAGGUUUCGAAGGCUGCUCGAUGGUCCCCUCUAUCUACCCGCUGGAGACACUGCAUAAUUUGCUCUCCCUCAAGCAGGUGGACGAGUUCCUCAACGCAGUGUGUGAGAGCAGCAGCGAGGCCCACGCCAAGACCAUGAAGGCGCUGUCCGGUCUCUUCGACUCUCAGAGCCAGCCGUCUCUCUAUGGCCCCCAGUGGCCGCUCUCCUCGUCAGGGUCCGAGGCGUCUCUGCGACCGCCGAGCCGGCCUUGUUGGCAUGGCAGCGUUCCUUCCAGUGCUGUCUCCAGCGCCGGCCCGUCAUCCCCCAUCACGGAGAACACCGCCCUCAACUUCAGCUACAGCGAGUAAACACACACACACACCUUCUUGUGUGAUGCACUUUAUGAUCACCUCAUCACUUCCUCGCUAUUCGUUAACUGCAGCAAUUAGACUGGACUUAACACUUUUGACCGAGACGUGUAGUAUUUAAACACCAGCUGUGCCUUGAGCUUCUAUGAUGUUGUUUUUUAAUUUUACAGCAUUUUGUUUUUGCCAAAAUUGAAAUGUAAAAUGUUCAAAUAGUUUCAGAUGAGUUGACAAAGCUUCACAAAUGUCCAAAAUGAGAAUUUAGUGUAUGAUCAGGGUUUUGCUGUUGUUUUACGGUCAAACAAGGCCGCGUUUAUUUGAUUUAUAGCCGUCGAAGAUUACAGGUAAUAGUUUGUUGAAGAAUGUGUAGAUAAAAUGAAUGUUUAGUUUUACAUAAAUCAAAUGUGAUUACUAGUAUUAUUUUUAGCAAUUUUAGUUUGAUAAAAAAAACUUGAUAAAAAAGUUUGGUAUGCACUGAUGAUGCCAUUAAAAGAGACAAUGGUGACACAGCAGCAAAACUCCACAUUUUCUAAAAACCUCCGAUCAGAUGAGAGCAGUUUGACUUUGUGGCAAACUUUGAUUGCACCACUUUUCGUCUUCAUCUGGGCCGCGCUGGAGUGCACCACAACUCUUUCAGAGCAAAAUAAUGUUUGUGUAUGUUUAUCGGUUGAUUGGUACAGCACUGAUUGAUUUGUAUGUCUGCUCAUUGUAGGUUGUUUUUGUGUGUAAUAUUUAUGAUUGUUGCGUGUUUUUAUUUAAUUACAUCCAAAGGAAAGUCACCCAAAGUGUUACCGAACCAAAUAAAAACAGUUGUCAUGCUGCAA